AUGGCAUUGAAGACUUUGUCGGCGAAAGCCGCGGCUGCUUUAGACAAGGAGCUCAUGAGUACCGGUGCCUUUUCAAUUGACCAACUCAUGGAACUUGCUGGAUUAUCAGUUUCCCAAGUCGUUUAUCGAGUUUGCCCCCCGAAUAGGGGUAAUCGAGUGCUUGUGGCUUGCGGUCCCGGGAAUAAUGGCGGUGAUGGGCUCGUUGCAGCUCGUCACCUUCGCCAUUAUGGGUAUUCGCCAACCGUCUAUUAUCCGAAACGGAGCAAGAAUGAGCUCUAUCAGCGACUUGCUAAGCAGCUAGAAGACCUUGAGGUGCCGUUUGUGGACGAUUUCCCAGCUGCUUUGGGUUCGGCUGAUCACAUCGUGGAUGCGGUUUUUGGCUUCAGCUUCUCGGGCGAAGUUCGCGAACCCUUCCCGGCUGUGAUUCGGGCUUUGGAGGACACCAAAAUACCAGUGACAUCAGUUGAUGCGCCGUCUUCUUGGAAUAUCGAAACUGGACCACCCGAGUCCGGUUUAGGUAGCAAGUUUAACCCUGACUACUUGAUCAGCCUGACAGCUCCUAAGCCUUUGGUUAAAUACUUCAAAGGUCGUCAUUUUGUAGGCGGCCGCUUUGUCUCCCCGGGAAUCGCUAAGAAGUAUGACUUCGAGGUCCCCGAGUACAAAGGAGUUGACCAAAUUGUCGAGGUCGGUACUGGAGGAGAGAAGCUCUGAUGGCAGACAUUCGGUCGUGUAUAGAAAUCGCUCGAUCUGGAAUUAUCGAAUUGUCGCGGGGGCAACCCCCCUUGCUGUGCUAACUGACACAGCAACCCCCAGUGCGACUGAAAGGACAAACUGGACUCGGGCAUCUUCCUUCUUGCAUGUCUUCGGUUUUCUCAGUUAUUCCCCUAGGGCAGCGUAGCAGCGGAGGAUGGUAAUUUUUGCAGAACUCGACAUAGAUGAGAUAUUGCUUCCCGCAAACAGGGCAUUC